AUGUCUUACACUUCUGGUACUAUUGCCGAAGAUCCGGCCUAUGAGAAUGUUCUCCCACCCAAUUUCAUAAACGGCUACUCCUCAGCAGCCUAUCAGAUCGAAGGUGGUGCUGCUGAAGGAGGGCGUGGACCCUCUAUCUGGGACAAGCAUCUCCAUGAAGCCAAUAAGGAUCACGGAGACGUCGCUUGUGACAGCUAUCACCUGUGGCAACAGGACAUUGACCUGCUGAAGCAAUACAAGGCCAAUGGCUAUCGAUUUUCCGUUUCAUGGUCCCGUAUCAUCCCCAAAGGUGGAAGAAAUGACCCAAUCAAUGAGGAGGGUAUCAAGUACUACGACGAUCUUAUCAACGCUCUCCUUGCUGCCAACAUCGAACCAACAAUUACCCUCCUGCACUUCGAUGUGCCCCUUGGUAUUCACGAGCGCUACAACUCGUUCCUAGCGAUGGAUCCCCGCGAGUUAAUUGCCGACUUUACAUUCUUCUCAAAGCUCUGCUUCGAGAGGUUCGGUGAUCGCGUUAAGAAGUGGCUUACCUUUAAUGAACCUUGGAUUUUUCCUUCACUUCUGUCAAUGGGCAUGAUCAAGGAAUUUACCAAGAAAGACUUCUUCCGGGUCGGCCACAACACGCUUCUGUGCCACGCCGACAUUGUUCACCUGUAUAGAUCCGAGUUCCAACAAAAGCAGAACGGCCUCAUUAGUAUCGCAUUGGCAAGGCUCCUAUUUGAUCUUAUUAAUAGCGAGUGGGUUGAGCCUCUGAAUGAUACACCUGAAGCCAUCCGAGAGGCCAAGCUUAGUAUUGAGAGAACCUUUGGCUGGUUUGCCGACCCUAUCUUCCUUGGCACGCAGACCUCGUCCUGGUAUCACUACGGGGAAGAAUUCCCGCGACUCUCUGACAGUGAACUUGCUUCGCUUAAGGGUUCAGCCGAUUUUUUCUCUCUCAACCACUAUGGCACGACCUAUGCUACUGGCCACCCGGUUCAGCCCAAUGGCGAUCCUCGAUUUAACAUGGAUGAUGUUGAUAAAGUUUGGGAGAAGGACGGCGUCAAGAUUGGCAAGCGAGGAGAAGAAGGUCAUCCUCAUAUUGUUCCCUGGGGCUUCAAAAAGCUUCUUGUGUAUAUCUGGGAGACCUAUUGCAAGUCUCAGAAUAUCCCCAUUGUGAUAUCCGAAUGUGGAUUCUCCGUCGAACACGAACAGCACAUGUCGCUCGAGAAGAUUGUCGAUGACAAGGAUCGUCAGGAGUACCUGAGUCUGUACAUCAAAGCCCUCUGCGACGCCUCCAAAGAGAAUGGAGUUCUGGUUACAGGAUUCUAUGCCUGGAGUCUCCUGGACAAUCUCGAGUGGCUAUCUGGUUACGGACCAAGGUUUGGAGUUACGCAUAUUGAUCGCGAGAACGGAUGCAAGAGGACACCCAAAGAUUCUACAAAGCUUUUAGCAGCCAUCUGGAAGCACACCACUAAGGAAAUCUAG